AUGGAAGGAAUUGAACACAGAACAGUUGAAGUGAAUGGCAUCAAGAUGCAUAUUGCCGAGAAAGGAAAACAAGGACCGGUUGUUUUGUUCCUUCACGGCUUCCCGGAGCUCUGGUACUCAUGGCGCCACCAGAUUGCGGCUCUCGGCUCUCUCGGUUACCGCGCGGUGGCUCCGGAUCUCCGUGGAUACGGAGAUACCGAAGCUCCCGCUUCGGUAAGUAGUUAUACGAUUUUCCAUUUGGUUGGUGAUGUUAUUGCUCUGAUCGAUUUACUCGGUGCUGAUCAAGUGUUUCUGGUGGCUCAUGAUUGGGGUGCUAUCAUUGGUUGGUAUGUUUGCUUGUUUCGCCCUGAGAGAAUCAAAGCUUAUGUGUGUCUCAGUGUUCCAUUUUUGCCGAGAAACCCUAAAAUCAAACCUGUUGAUGGCAUGCGAGCUUUGUUUGGGGAUGAUUACUAUAUCUGCAGAUUCCAGGAGCCAGGAAAAGCAGAAGCUGAAUUUGCCAGAGUUAGUCCAGAUUUGGUGAUCAAGAACAUGCUUACAAGCAGGAAUUCUGGACCACCAAUCCUACCAAAAGAAGGAACUGUGGUACCUAACCCUGAAGCUUCAAGUACAAAGCCCCUCCCUUCUUGGCUAUCACAAGAAGAUAUCAAUUAUUACGGUUCUAAAUUUGAAAAGUCAGGAUUCACCGGUGGCCUUAACUACUACAGAAAUUUCAACUCAAACUGGGAGCUGACAGCGGCAUGGACUGGAGCACAAAUUAAGGUACCGGUGAAGUUCAUCACAGGUGAUUUGGAUUUAGUUUAUGUUUCAAUGGGUACAAAGCAAUACAUUGAGAGUGGUGGUUUCAAGAGAGAUGUGCCAAAUUUGGAGGAAGUGGUUAUACAAAAAGGUGUGUCCCACUUCAACAACCAAGAAGCUGCUGAAGAUGUUAACAAUCACAUUUAUGAAUUUAUCAAGAAGUACUGA